CCUGUGCCCUUGGGGUGAUGAGAGCUUGGUAAACAAGAGUGUCGGGUGGUGAAAGCCGGGCAAGGCGCGGGGAUGGGACCGAGCCGCCCAGGGGGACAUGAGGGCAGGGGUGGGAGUGAGAAGGCCUGCUGGGAAGGUGACCAGGGAGGGAGUGCAGAUGUCCAGGAUGGGAGGAGCAGAAUGGGCAGAGGACACAGCCGGUACAAAGGUCCUGGGGCAAGACCAUGCCCGGGCAGAAAACUUCCUGCGGACCAUGGAGACCUGGAGUCGACCCCGGGGCUUCCAGCCGGAGGAGGAGCCCUCGAGCCAGGUCUCGGGUGGGCUGGCUGACCGGCACUCCUGGGGGCCCCCCAGCCCCGAGGCUUCCCCGCACCCGGCGCUCCCGACCCCGCCGCGCUCCAGUCUCCGGGGGCCACACUUCGAGGAUGUCGUGGCCGCGAGGUCCUCAGACUGGCUCACGCAGCGCUCGGGGGUGGACGACGCCCCAGCCCACCAGCUGGACACGCCGGCAUCCUGGGACUCGGAGCCCCAGCUCUGGCAGGACGUCCUGACCGAGCAGCUCUGGCAGAUCUUCGCCGGGACCCACAAUAAGGGGGAGCGGCUGCAGCACACACUGACAGAGCAGGCGCCAGGCCUGGAGAGUCAGGACCUGGGACCGCGCUACUCAGGACCGGAACCACGUAUGGAAGACACUUUGGUUCUCAGCCCACCUGUGCCCUCCCUCAGCUCCCCUGAGGGCUCCCACGAAGGGAGCACAGAGCCAGGCACCGAGGCGGACGGGAUGCUCUCCCGAGUGGCCCAGGAGCCUGCUGGGAGAGCCCGCCCUUUCCUGAAGCCCGUAUGCUGGGACCCUGAGGACUUUGACGACACGUGGAAGAGACCGGACGCCUUGCCCUGGCAAUCCAAGAAGCGGGCCAUCCCACACAGAAUGCAGAAGGUGCGCACGCUGGAACACGGGGAGCCCGUGCUGGCCACGGCCGUCAGCAGCUUCGUGCGGCACGCCUUCACCUGUGGCAGGGGUGGCGUCAAAGUGUGGAGCCUGGCCAGCCAGGUGGUAGAGGACAGGUAUCCCGAGAGCCACCUGUGCGUACAGGUGAGGGAGGGGCUGGCUCUGGGGGCGGGGCCUGCGGGAGCCGGAAGAGCCCCGGAAGAGGACGAGGACGGUCCCCUGCGUCUCUGCCCACCACAGACCCGCCGGGCCUACCUGCGCACCUGCCUGCUGUCCUCGGACAGCACGACCCUGCUCGCGGGUGGCCACAACCUGGCCGGCGUGGGCGUGUGGGACCUGACCGCGCCCUCCCUGCACGUGAGCGGUGAGCUGCCCUGCGCGGGCCUCACCUGCCAGGCCCUGGCCUCCAAGCCUGAGGACAGCCUGGCCUUGGCUGGUUUCACGGAGGGCACAGUCAGGAUCUGGGACCUACGGGACCAGAGUGUCAUCAGGGACCUGCCGGGCCACCCGAAUGGGGCCAAGAGCAUUGCUGUCAAAGACCAGAACGUCUGGACAGGGGGUCUGGACACCUGUCUGCGGUGCUGGGACCUGAGGGCUGCCAGAGAGCCUCAGGAGUACCAGUUUGAGUCUCAGAUAAUGAGCCUGUCCCCUAGUCCCCAGGAGGACUGGGUGCUGGUGGGCACAGCCAAUGGCCAGCAGUGGCUGCAGCCUACCCGAGGGGGCCAGAAGCACAUGGUGGGGUGUAAGGACGGCACCAUCCUGGGUCUGAAGUUCUCCCCCCUCGGCCAGUGGUGGGUGAGCGUCGGGACGGACGACCUGGUUGGCGUCUAUAGCAUGCCAGCGGGGGCCGUGGAGCUCCAGGUACCCGAGACCUCCUCCAUCCUGUGCUGUGAUGUGUCCCCCAACAACCGCCUGAUUGUCACGGGGUCCAGGGACCACGCCUCUGUGUACCAGGUCACCUACUGAGGGGCUUGGUACCAGUUGUCCUGACUUGGGAUCCUUUUUUUCUUUUUUUUUUUUUGUACUUUUCCCCCAGCAAGGUGGAGGCAUAAUGGUGGAGGGGUGUGGUGGGCGAGCCGGGUCUCUUCCGCAUUGCGCAAUGGGGCCGGCGAUCUUUGUCACAUGUAAUAAAGCAAUUGGAAA